UUUCAAAUCCUUCAUUCAUUUUGUAUGCUUGGUCCGUACUCUUACUGUCACUCACACUGAAUCUGACCAAUGCCUCCAUCCAUUUCUACGACAAAGAAACUUUCAUUGAUGUCGGUAAUGCUUACCUUCUCUCCGGCGGCAGUGAAGGUCUCGCAGCUUCUCUCCCUGCUAAUUCCGACGCGCCUUCUUUACGCAAUGGCCAAUCUUUCAUCCAAUUUUAUAAUCUCACCUUUUGGAGGAGCAAGGCUGCUGCUGACCAACAUUCAGACAUGGAGCAUAGCACUGGGUUGGUACAAGUUAUAAUCUUCGAGGCUGCUGAUCGCGAUAACAUUGGUGGUUCUGCUUACGGUGGACAGAGAGCUAUAUGUUGCACUCCGGAUCUUGCUAAGCUUGAAGGAUGUAAGCAAGGGGAAGUCAUUAAAAGGCCUUCUGCAUCGGACAUUAACUGGCCUGUUGUUUUAAAUGUGCAAUUCAGUGGUAACUAUUUGUACACUCGUAUGGAAGAUAAGGAAGUCACGAUUACAAAAACUGGAAUGUAUAACUUGUUCUUUGUAACAUGCGAUCCAAACCUCAAAGGAUUAGUGAUGAGUGGGAGAACAAAGUGGAAAAAUCCCUAUGGUUAUUUACCCGGACGGAUGUUCUCUUUAAUGAAUUUUUAUGUCUUCAUGUCCCUUGCAUAUCUAUUGCUUAGUGUCAUUUGGUUAUCUCAGUAUGUGAGGUUCUGGAGGGAUAUUCUGCAACUUCAGCAUUGCAUCACAGUCGUUAUUGCGCUCGGAUUAUUUGAGAUGGUCCUUUGGUACUUUGAGUAUGUAAACUUUAAUGAUACAGGAAUUAGGCCAGUUGUAGUCACAACAUGGGUGGUGACUGUUGGUGCUGUGCGGAAAACAGUAACGCGGCUUCUUAUACUGUCUAUUUCCAUGGGUUAUGGUGUUGUGCGACCCACUCUUGGUGGUCUUACCUCAAAGGUUCUUCUUCUAGGGGUAACUUACUUUUUGGCAUCUGAGUUAUUGGAUAUUACGGAGUACGUUGGGACUAUAAGUGAUGUUUCUGGAAGAGCAAGACUGUUCUUAGUCCUCCCCGAUGCAUUCCUUGAUGCAUUUUUAAUAUUAUGGAUCUUUACUUCCCUUUCAAGGACGCUAGAGCAAUUACAGACGAAGAGGAACUCUGUUAAGUUGGAAAUAUAUAGGAAGUUCUCAAAUGCAUUGGUAGCAACUGUUAUUGCUUCUGUUGCUUGGAUAGUGUAUGAGGUCUACUUCAAGGUGACAGAUCCUUUCAACGAAAGAUGGCAGAGUGCUUGGAUCAUAACUGCUUUUUGGAACAUUCUUGCAUUUUCUUUACUAUGCGUUAUCUGCUAUCUCUGGGCACCGUCACAAAGCUCCCAACGGUAUGCUUACUCUGAUGAACUUGGAGCUCAAUCUGAUGAUGAAGAAGCUCAGUCCCUAAACCGGGUAAAGCCAGAGAGCGAACUUACUUACGUGAAGCAGCAGGAGUGGAAUGAGAAGGAUAGCGGAAACACGGUCGAGUUCGAUGAGGACGAUGACAGGGAAGAGAAUAAAAGAGAAUAAUCAGUCAAAAACAGAACACUAUCUUUUCACCCUUCUUGUUUUAGUGUGCAGAAAAUCCAGUUCAUGGGAUGGGAGUCCUUGGCGAGAUCAGCGUAUGAUAAUACGAAAUGGAAGUGUUAUCUGAAAAGUGAGGGAGGACCCUGCAACUGCAACUGCAACAUGGCAUCACAAAGGAGUUGUUUGUAUAUUCUGAUGAAAUGUAGUGGAGGAAGAAUCUUCUGUAUUAUUUUUCACGCCCAUUAACUUCAUUUAUUUUGUAAAGCAUGAUUUGCAUAUAUGUUCUAAAAGAAAAGAGAGAAAAAAUCGAGAAUCCUGAACUCGAGAUCUUUCUAUUUUUUUGUUUUUGCUCCUCUCUAUAAAGAAAUCUAGGAAUGUUUCCUACUUGACCUCAUUCUUGCUAUAGUAUUGGCUUGACCCAAUUCAGAUGGAAUAAAACGUCCCAAUUAUUGUUUUUUUA